AUGACGAUGGAGCUUGUGUUCAUACCGUCGCCGGGAAUCGGUCAUCUCAGGUCAAUCGUCGAGUUAGCUAAACAACUAGUCAACGGAGACGAACGUCUCUCCAUAACCGUUAUCAUCAUCCCACGAUCUUCCGGUGGCGACGUGGACGAUUCCGCCCAAAUCUCCUCCCUCUUCACACCGCCUCAAGAUCGUCUCCGUCACGAAACCAUCUCCGUCGCAGAACAAAAAUCCACCGAUCGUCUCCCGACUCAGAUCUACAUCGACAAUCAAAAGCCACAAGUGAGAGAUGCAGUCACGAAAAUCCUCGAUCCAACUCGAGUUGACUCGCCGCCGCAACUCGCCGGGUUCGUCAUCGACAUGUUUUGUGUCUCGAUGAUGGAUCUAGCUGAGGAAUUUGAAGUUCCGACUUAUGUGGCGUACACAUCUAACGCUACGAUCCUUGGAAUCUUGCUUCAUGUUCAGAUGAUGCACGACGAGGAGAAGUACGACACUAGCGAGUUGAGUGAAGAAUCAUCGGUGAAAGAGUUGGAGUUUCCGUGUUUGACACGUCCUUAUCCCGUUGAGUGUCUUCCGCUCAUGUUCGUUUCGAUGGAGUGGUUACCGUUCUUUCUAGCGCAAGCGAGGAAGUUUCGGAAGAUGAAAGGUAUUUUGGUAAAUACAGUUGCUGAGCUUGAGCCUCACGCUUUGGAUGUUUUAUCACGUGACGGUGAUCUCCCGCGAGUUUAUCCUAUUGGUCCAGUGUUGCAUCUCCAAAACGAAGGUGGGGAGGAGUCGGAGGUUUUGUGGUGGCUGGAUAAGCAACCGGAGAGAUCGGUUGUGUUUCUCUGUUUCGGUAGUUUUGGAGGUUUCAGUGAGGAGCAAACGAGAGAAAUCGCUGUGGCGUUAGAUCGAAGCGGUCACCGGUUUCUCUGGUCGCUCCGUCGCGCAACGUCGAAUGUACUGAAGGAGGGACCCGGAGACUACACGAAUCUGGAGGAGGUUCUCCCGGAGGGGUUCUUGAAUCGGACGUCGGAUAGAGGGAAGGUGAUCGGGUGGGCUCCGCAAGUGGCGGUGCUAGCGAAGCCGGCGAUUGGUGGAUUUGUCACUCAUUGUGGAUGGAACUCUGUGCUUGAGAGUUUGUGGUUUGGUGUUCCGAUGGUGACGUGGCCGCUAUACGCGGAGCAGAAGGUGAAUGCGUUUGAGAUGGUGGAGGAGCUGGGGCUGGCGGUGGAGAUACGGAGGUUUAUUAAGGGAGAUUUGUUUGAGGGAGAGAUGGAGAUUGUUACGGCGGAGGAGCUAGAGAGAGCGAUUAGGAGUGUGAUGGAGGAAGAUAGUGACGUCAGGAACAGAGUGAAGGAGAUGGCUGAGAAGUGUCACGUGGCGUUAAUGGACGGUGGAUCGUCGAAAACGGCUUUGAGAAAAUUUAUUCAAGACGUGAUCGGGAAUGUUGUAUCUGAGUUUUAAAGGUAUCUGAGUUUUGUACAAUCACUGAAAGAUACGCUUACUUACUUACCUAUGUGUUGUUCUCUACUUCUCUACGUUACAUUUCUUGUUUGGCCCUGCCAUAUAUGGUUUACAUGUGUAUCAAAUGUAUUAGGGCCGGCCAUAUAUGAUUUAAAAGCCAUUCAUUGACCGAUGUUCCAGUGAACAAGAUAGAUCCGUU